UCUGAAUAUCCCAAGUACAUAACAGAAACACAAACAAAAAUCAAACUGCCCCAAACACCUGAGGAUCAUGACAGCAUGGACUGGUACUUGUAAGGAGGUCUAGCAUUUGCACGACAAAAAAGAAACUCGAGUGUAUAACCUGUUUCUAAGAGAGGGAAAAAAAUGCACCGCGACCUGAGAAGAGUUUGAAAAUGGCUUUCCCAAAGAUGACUGGGUUUGUCCUGGUGACCCUUCUGCUGUACAGUGGUUGUCAGUCACAACCGUUUGAAUGUGGCCGUCUGACGGCCAGCUCUCGAAUUAUUGGGGGUUUAGAUGCAAAUCUUGGGAGGUGGCCGUGGCAGGCAAGUUUGCAUCAGAAUGGUUUCUCUUUCUGUGGAGGAACGCUGAUCAACAAUCAAUGGGUCCUGACCGCUGCACACUGUGUAACAUGGUAUGAUCUUUUCAUCACAGAAGUCCAACUGGGUAUUGUAGAACUGGAUGUUACCAGCCCCCAUCGGCUGAAUGUAAAACUUGCUCAAAUCAUCUGCCAUCCUGAGUACGACUCUAGGACAUUUAACAAUGACAUUUGUCUUCUGAGGCUUUCGAAACCUGUCCAGUUCACCAAGUACAUCCAACCAAUCUGCUUACCUUCUGAAACCAGUAAUUUCUAUGACGGGGAUAAGGCCUGGGUUACUGGUUUUGGUGUGACUGGUAAGAAACGCACAACUGCAACCGGAAUAUCAUCCAGCAAGUUGAAGGAGGUAGAUGUACCAAUUGUUGGAAGAAAGAGGUGUUCAUGCUACUAUAAAAAGUCUACCUUAAUCACAGACAACAUGAUAUGUGCUGGAUAUUUUAGUGGAGGAAAGGACUCAUGUCAGGGAGACUCAGGGGGCCCACUAAUGAUAAAAAAGGGCCGCAACUGGGUCCAGGCUGGGAUUGUGAGCAUGGGUGAAGGCUGUGCCCUUCCACUGACACCUGGAAUCUACACUCGAGUGUCCAACUAUGAGAGUUGGAUCAAAGACAUGGUCACUGGCGCGAAACCGAGCUUCUUCACCUUAACUCCCUCUGGCAGUGACAAGGAUUCAAGUUACUUCUGUAACCUCGAAGGGUCGGUUGACGAGAAAGCUCUUGCUGGUGGUGAAAACCUGAGUCCUUUCAAUCACUCAAUGGCGUUCUCCAUCCUUGCAACAUUUCUCCAUGUAUUUUUUGGCAAAGAAUACAUUUAAAUAUACAGUGACUUCCUGAGUGCUCAAA